AUGCAUCGUUUAUCUUUGAAGAAAGAUCCUAAUAAGGAAGUUAUGAAUAAACUUCAUGAUUUUUUAUCUUCUUCAAUAUGGGCUCUGCCCAUAGCCACAUUUAUUGAACAAAAGUCUAUAGUUUUUGAUCGCAGUCAUGGUGAUGCAGCCUUCAAUGAAUAUCGUUUGGUUCACACACUAUAUAGAGAGUUGGUUAACACACUUCUGGAAUGUUUUUGUGGAGACAGUAAUAUUCCAUUAGAAAAGCUCCAGGAAGCUCUGCUGGGUUGUCAGAAAGACAAGAUGACUGUCAAACAACGGACUAAUCUGGAACCAUUAGCAGCCGCCAGUGACUUUGACGUUUUCGUUCCUAUGAUGAUGAGGAAGAACGUAGAACUUCAAUUGCAAGCUUUGCAAAUGAUUGAGUUUUUGUGCGGCCUAAUCCCAACUGUCUUACAAAUCGAAGAAGGGGAAACUUUAAAAGACAAGAAAGUCCUGUCUCCUGAGGAAACAGAAAGAUAUGUGUUGAUUUCAGUGAUGAGGCAAAGUAAAGAAGAAUUUGACAAGCAGUAUGGAAAGGAGCUUCGCGAAGAUCUGGAAAGAGUAGCUAGAGAUGGCGAAGAACAGAGGCUUCGUUUGACUCAGGAGAAAGAGAAAGAAGAGCUUCUAGUGGAAAAAGCCAUGGCUGAAAACCAAGUUGCGAUAGUGAGUUCACGUAUGGAUGUCUGUAUAAUACAUUUUAUCGUUCUUUGGAUUCCCCAUGAAAUGAAUAAAAUAGCUGAGCGUAAAAUGGCUAUGGCUUCUGAUCCAUCAAAUGCUUCUCGACGCUCAUCAAAAAGUGUCGAAAGACCAUUAACCACUAAUUCCCGAAAAUCAAGUGCUCCAAGCCGUUCUCGGAAACCUGAACCAGAAAAAACUAGCGUUGAACGACCUGAAUCAGUUUCAAGAAAAACUUCAAGGGAAACACCUAAAAGCCUCAAAGACAUUCGCCGGCCAUCUUUACCUGCUAGACCACGAACAAACAAUCAAAAAUCCGAAGAGGGAGAUGGACCAGAAUUCGGUCCGCGUCGAAGGAAUGUGAACGACGUUCAUGCAAAGCUACAAGAAAGCGAACGGUUGAACACAGCAGACGUAGAAGGGAGGCGACAAUAUCUUCAACAACAACGAGACAAACUUCUGACGUUGAAGAAUGCGGAACGCCAGAAACAGAUUGAGGUAGUAUCUGCGAAAGUUCAACAAGAAAGACCUCGAACAGCCAAAGCAGCACGUGGGGCAAUGAGAGGAAAUCAAAACAAUGAUGAGGUGCUAGCGCAAAGAAGAGCUUUGGCUAGCAAAUUGAAAGCUGAGAUUGCUGAGAUUUGA